AUGUGCAGGCACGCCGGCGCCCCCGAGUCCUCGAGCUCGCUCAAAGUCAAUGGGAGGGAGCUCCUCCCCACCAACGUCGUCCCGAGGCACUAUGAUCUAACUCUGGAACCCAACUUCACCAACCUGACCUUCGACGGUACUGUCGUGGUAGACCUCGAUGUGGCCGAGGAGUCAAAAUCCAUUUCCCUGCAUACUCUCGAGCUCGAUAUCCACUCCGUCAAGGUCUCAUCGGACGGCAAGGUCAUUAGCUCUUCGCCCCAGGUUUCGUAUGACGAGAAGACCCAAGUUUCCAAGAUCGACUUCUCCGAUGCCAUACCCAAGGGCAGCAAGGCCCAGGUGGAGAUCAAAUUCACUGGCCAGCUCAAUGACAAGAUGGCGGGGUUCUACCGCUCGACAUACAAGAAGUCCGAUGGCACUGAAGGCGUCCUGGCGACAUCCCAGAUGGAGCCCACUGACGCACGGAGGUCCUUCCCUUGCUUCGACGAGCCUUCGCUCAAGGCAGAGUUCACCGUGACCCUGGUCGCCGACAAGAACCUGACUUGCUUGAGCAACAUGGAUGUCGCAUCAGAGACCGAGGUUCAGUCUGGCAAGAAGGCUGUCAAGUUCAACAAGUCCCCACUCAUGUCGACAUACCUGAUCGCAUUCAUUGUUGGCGAGCUCAACUACAUCGAGACCAAGGAUUUCCGUGUUCCCGUUCGUGUCUACGCACCCCCCGGCCAGGACAUCGAGCACGGCCGUUUCUCUCUUAACCUGGCGGCAAAGACAUUGGCGUUCUACGAAAAGGUCUUCGGCAUCGAGUUCCCGUUGCCAAAGAUGGACCAGGUCGCAAUCCCAGACUUUGCGCAGGGUGCCAUGGAGAACUGGGGCCUGGUCACCUACCGUGUUGUCGACCUUCUUCUCGACGAGAAGGCCAGCGGUGCCGCUACAAAAGAGCGAGUCGCCGAGGUUGUGCAGCACGAGCUUGCGCACCAAUGGUUUGGCAACCUUGUCACCAUGGAUUGGUGGGAGGGUCUCUGGCUCAACGAAGGUUUUGCCACUUGGGCAUCUUGGUACAGCUGCAACGAAUUCUAUCCCGAGUGGAAAGUCUGGCAAACCUUCGUCACAGACACGCUCCAGGGCGGUCUAUCUUUGGACUCCCUCCGGAGCAGUCACCCUAUUGAGGUGCCUGUCAAGCGGGCCGACGAGAUCAACCAGAUCUUCGAUGCGAUUUCGUACAUGAAGGGUUCAUGCGUCCUUCGUAUGGUCUCUACUUACCUCGGUGAGGAUGUCUUCCUCGAGGGCGUGAGGAAGUACCUUAAGAAGCAUGCCUACGGCAACACGCAGACUGGUGAUCUCUGGGCCUCUCUCGCCGAGGCCAGUGGUAAGGAAGUUGAGGAAGUCAUGGAUACCUGGACGAAGAAGAUCGGAUAUCCAGUUGUGACCGUCUCAGAAAGUGGCCCAGAUAAGAUACACAUUAAGCAGAACCGAUUCCUGCGGACAGGCGACGUGAAGCCCGAGGAAGACGAGACUUUGUAUCCCGUUCUACUUGGCCUGCGAACUGAGGAUGGCGUCAACAGGGGUCUGAUUCUUAACCAGCGCGAAGCAGACUUCUACGUCCCCAACACGGACUUUUUCAAGCUGAAUGCUGAUCACACCAACCCCUACCGAACCUCCUACUCCCCUGAGCGCCUUGCCAAACUCGGAGACUCAGCCAAGAAGGGCUUGAUGAGUGUCGAGGAUCGUGCAGGCAUGAUUGCCGAUGCAGGAGCUCUUGCCCAGUCAGGCUACCAGAAGACUUCUGGAGUCCUGAGCUUGCUCAAAGGCUUUGACACCGAGACGGAAUUCGUCGUUUGGGGUGAGAUCGUGGCCCGUCUGAGCGCUGUGCAGGCUGCCUGGAUCUUCGAGGAUGAGAGUGUGAGAGAGGGCCUGGAGAACUUCCAGCGGUUCCUUGUCAGCUCAAAGGCUCACGCGAAGGGCUGGAUCUUCUCCGAAAACGAUGGGCACGUCGAACAGCAGUUCAAAGCUUUGCUGUUUGGAAGUGCCGGGUUGUCUGGAGAUGAGAAGAUCAUCAGUGCCGCCAAGGAUAUGUUCGGCAAGUACAUGGCUGGGGACAGGAGUGCCAUCCACCCCAACAUCCGCGGCAGUGUUUUCGCCAUGGCUCUGAAGUACGGUGGCAAGGAUGAGUACGAGAAAAUCAUUGACUUCUACCGCAACUCUACCAACAGCGACGAGCGCAAUACGGCGCUCCGCUCCCUCGGCCGCGCCAGGCAGCCAGAACUAAUUCAAAAGACCCUGGACUUGCUUUUCAGCGGUGAGAUCAAAGACCAGGACAUUUACCUCCCCACGAGUGGGUUGCGCACCCACCCGGAGGGUAUCAAUGCCCUCUUCAAGUGGAUGAACGAGAACUGGGACGAGCUCUACAAACGCCUACCACCGGCUCUCUCCAUGCUGGGCUCCAUGGUCCAGAUUAUGACCUCGAGCUUCACCAAGCCGGAGCAGCUGGCCGAGGUCGAGAAGUUCUUCAAGGACAAGAACACCAGCGGCUAUGACCAGUCUCUGGCCCAGAGUCUGGAUGGCGUGAGGUCCAAGAUCCAGUGGCUGGAGAGGGACCGCUCUGACGUGGCAACCUGGCUGGCUCAGAAUGGCUGGGGUGCGUAG